AACUAGGUAAAUAAAUUACAUUCGAACCAGACCUUAUCUUCGCAAACUCAAGUUCCUCCACCUUGCCGGCGACGCUUCUCAGAUUCAAAUUCUCUUCAUCAUCUUUUCUUUCUCCAGCAAUGGCGAUUCCGUUGCCCCUCACUUCUUACUCCCCAAUCUCAACUUCCCCAACCUCUUUCGUCCCUCUCACGCCUCCCCAUCGUAAUUUCCUCUCCGAACAGAGUUUCAGUAGGCGCGUAGUUCUCAGCUGCUCUUCUUCCUUGUCUUCCAACAAUGGUUCAACUCCAGAGCCCAUGAACGCAAGUGGGUUAAACGGGCAGUCAUCGUUUCCUGGAAUGCCUUCCUUUGAUGGAACAUCUAACCCACCCCUUAAAUGGAGAAGGGUUUUGCUUAAAGUCAGUGGAGAAGCUCUUGCUGGAGACGAGGAGCAGAAUAUUGAUCCAAAGGUUACUAUGGCUAUUGCAAGGGAGGUUGCAGCUGUCACUCGGCUUGGCAUCGAGGUUGCGAUUGUUGUUGGAGGAGGAAACAUCUUUCGUGGAUCCACCUGGGCUGGGUGCAGUGGCCUUGACCGCUCCUCUGCUGAUUACAUCGGGAUGCUGGCAACUGUGAUGAAUGCAAUAUUUCUUCAAGCGACAAUGGAGAGCAUCGGCAUCCCGACACGUGUUCAAACCGCUUUCCGCAUGUCGGAAGUCGCAGAGCCUUAUAUUAGAAGACGAGCUAUUAGACAUCUGGAAAAAGGCAGAGUUGUGAUAUUCGCAGCCGGAACAGGCAAUCCGUUUUUCACUACCGAUACUGCAGCAGCUCUUCGAUGUGCUGAGAUUAACGCAGAAGUAGUACUGAAAGCAACAAAUGUAGAUGGAGUCUUUGACGAUGAUCCAAAAAGAAACCCAAACGCUCGCCUCCACGAGUCACUAACUUACCAAGAAGUAACCUCAAAGGAUCUCUCCGUGAUGGAUAUGACUGCUAUCACUUUAUGCCAAGAAAACAACAUCCCAGUUGUGGUCUUCAAUCUGUCUGAGCCUGGAAACAUCGCCAAAGCAAUCAAAGGAGAGAGAGUUGGCACAUUGAUUGGAGGAACUUGGAACUCUAUUGUUGCAACCACAUGAAGAAACUUAGAUAUUUCUUUAUAUAGAACUAUUACUUAAUAUAGUAUCUUAGGUCAGGAGUAUCUCUCAACUCCUGUCUAUAUAGUUUGCAGAAACAUUUUAAGAUCACUAUCUUAGGAAUCAAUGUCUGAAAUUUUUGAAGUUGAAUGAAGAUGUUAUUAGUUUA